AUGGUUUCAGUCAGAAAGAGAAAAAUGGCCCGCCUGAGUGUCCGCAAGAACACCAGGAGGCUCAAGGACAGACAGGCAAAAAUUAAUAUACAUUCCAAUCCCAUCAUUGCUGCAAAUUGGGACAAAUCACUUACACUUCAACAAAAUUAUAAGCGUCUUGGUUUAAGAGCUAAACUCGGGACGAUGGUUGGUGGUCAGGAAAAACCAGUCAUCAAGGCCAGCCAGAAACAGGAGGAACAACAUGUGCCUGUGAGUGAGAUAGAGAACACAACCGAUCCUUCAAAGAUCCCUGAGGGAGAAGCACGGUUGAUCAGAGACCCAGAGACAAACGAGGUCACCCAGGUGAUCUAUGGUACGAUGAAGAAAAAGCUGACCGAAGACACACCAGAAGUAAGCACAGUUGUUAAGCAGCUCGAAGAAACCGCCCAAAAGAAUGCCAAGAUCAAAAAGGAACGCAAACCAUCAGAGCAAGAAAGCCAGUGGCUACAGAAAUUGUAUGAGAAGUAUGGUGAUGAUUAUGAAAAAAUGAAAUGGGACAAGAAACUCAACGUUUACCAACAGAGCGCUGGUGAUUUGAGAAGAAGAAUAACCCAAUGGAAGAAACUUAACCUCAUAGUAUGA